AUGUUUUCCACUCUCGUGUACCUCGCCCUGGUGCAGGUAGCAUGCGCGCUCUCGAUCCCGCAAGCCGACCUCUCAACACGAUCCACACAUGUUCAAAAGCGCGAGAUUUCUACCGGCGUCAAGGUCGCCUUGGGCAUCUGCAUCCCUGGGGCUGUCCUAGUUGUCGGAUUAGGUCUCGUCGUCUUGUUGAUGUAUCCUGCACAACUCCGCAAGCUUAGGAAACAAAACGGCGGACAAGACGUGAGCCUGGCAGACUUGAUGAAUGGCCAAUACCCUCCCAAACCCAAACCCGCACCUCCACCUCCACCACCCUACACUGGGCACGAUGCCUCGAACGCACACUCCACAGAAGAUACCACACUACCCCCGAGUUAUCCGGUGCAACCGCAAAACGAUACACACCACGCUGCGCCAACCACUGGUGCUGAGACAAGAUACAACCCCUGCGCUGCUUUCCGCAUGAAGCCGAUUUGA